UCAGAUUUCGUCGACAUCAACUAAAUAACAUCUCUCGGGCAGGAAAUGCUCUAAAAAAGUGAAAUAAACUCCUAAAAAACAGAAAUUCGCGUAAAAUUAACACUCCGGUAUCGUGAAAACGUAAAAUCCGUGCAUCGAAAUUGUGAUAAAGCCACAAAAAGACGAACAAUAUUGAAGCACAAAGACGAGAAAAAAAUCUCGAGCAAAGAUUUCGACAGAAUUUACAGAAAAAUCCUAAAAUGCUCGCGAGAAAAGAGACUUUCAGCUCCGGAAAUUUGCGAUAAUUGUAUUUGUGAUCCGCGAAACUUACGAAAAAAAAUAAAUUUUGAAGAAAUUCAAGGAAAAUAUUUUGAACUUGUAAAAUCUACUGAGAUAAAAGGAACCUCGACAUCGAACAAUAUGGUAGAUCCCGCUUCGUUAAAUGUCACCGCGAGCACUGUGGCGUCGACAGCUGCCAACAUUGCCGUGAAAAUGACGUCACAAGACCAUGCCGGAGGACAUUUGGUGGAUCCGCUAACGCAUGUCGGCGACGGAAUCUUCUUACAAUCAAAAACGGCCCAAGUUAUGGCGGGCGCUUUCGUUUGGAUGGCACUUUUCAUCACAUGUCAACAGAUCUAUCAGCAUCUCAGAUGGUAUACGAACCCGCAGGAACAACGAUGGAUCGUCAGAAUAUUGUUCAUCGUGCCCAUUUAUGCGACGUACUCUUGGAUCAGUUUACUCUUUUUCAACUCACAGAACGUUUACAUCUAUUUUUUCACCGUAAGAGACUGUUAUGAAGCAUUUGUAAUUUACAACUUCUUAUCGCUAUGCUACGAGUACUUGGGAGGCGAGGGAAACAUCAUGUCGGAAAUUCGCGGGAAGCCCAUCAAGUCGUCGUGUCUCUAUGGAACGUGCUGUCUCACGGGAAAAACUUACACAAUUGGUUUCUUGCGUUUUUGCAAACAGGCAACGUUGCAAUUUUGUCUUGUUAAGCCCUUGAUGGCCUUUAUCAUCAUCUUUUUGCAAGCAUUUGGACACUAUCAUGAUGGCGAUUGGAACAUUUCCGGCGGUUACAUUUACACCACAAUAAUUUACAACUUUUCUGUCUCACUUGCCUUAUACGGAUUGUACUUAUUUUAUUUUGCGACACGUGAUCUCUUGACGCCCUUCGAGCCCGUACUUAAAUUCUGCACCAUCAAGUCCGUGAUUUUCUUGUCGUUCUGGCAGGGAGUCGGUUUGGCAAUUCUUGAGAAGGCAAACCUCAUUUCGUCGAUCGUUAGCUCUGAAGGAGAACAUACGGAUGCGGGUACUGUCUCUGCUGGUUAUCAGAAUUUCUUGAUUUGUAUCGAGAUGUUGUUCGCUGCGAUCGCGUUGCGAUAUGCGUUCCCGUAUCAAGUUUAUGCUCAAUGUGGCAUGACUGAUGCUCAAGGACGAUCUGUGACAAUGCAAUCGAUUUCAAGCAGUUUAAAGGAAACAAUGAAUCCAAAAGACAUAAUGACUGACGCGAUUCACAAUUUCCAUCCACAAUAUCAACAGUACACUCAAUACAGCUCCGAAGUCGUGUCACCCCAACCAUAUGAAAGAUUGUAAAGACGACUUUUUCCACUUUGCGGAGGAAGUUUCGAGAGAAAUGAAUUUGAAUUAAUCGUGAUUUAUGUUUUUUAAUUCGAUGGAGGAACCUUGAAUGUAUAGUUGAUAAGAAAUUACAAUUUUUUUGACAAAUUUUUUAAAAGAAAUAUUUUUUUUUUGUGAGAAAUCGAGAAGAAAAAAUGAAAGAAAAUCAACUAGCCAGCAAAAAAAGCCAGAUAAACUGCGCAUUUCCUGUUUUUUUUAAUUAAUUUUACCUUUUUUCUUUGUAAUAAUGAUAAAUUAUUUUUGUAUUUUUAUUGAAUGGAUGUCAAAAGAGGUCAUUUAAAUGGGAGAUUUUCUCAAAAAAAUGAUCCAAAAGUGCCUCAAAUCGUAAUUUUUGAACGUUUUUGUGUCAUUUGAAGAUCCCGAGUGUCGACUCCCACCCCAAAAUUAGUGUUUUUCUAACGUAAUUUAGCUUGCAUGAACUUUGACGUGAGUGAAAAUUAAAGAAAACUCGCGGCAAUAAAAAAUUUGCAAGGAAAAAAACGAAAUUUUCAUUCAAUUUAAACAUUAAAUUAGCUUUAAUUAAACUUAUUUAUAAAAUAAAACAGAUUCAUGUCUUGUAAAAAAAAAUAUGAAAUACGAAUAAAUGUUUAA